AUGGCGUUACAUAACCAAUUGUUAAAAUUAACUUCCCUCUUACAAGAACUGGAAUCAAGCAUAGAUGAGUACAACACUUUAAAGGAAAUAUCUGAUGAUCCUGUUACAGUUGAUUCGGACAGUGAUAUUUCUCACACUUUUGAGCAAUUUCUGGCGCUUUUUUCCAACAUAUCAUCGAACUUACAAGACCGUUUGAAGGGUCCAAUUUCAGCGAGAAGAGCGAAUCAACAGCUGGCAUCUGAUGAACCUCUUGACGAAUUUACUGAAUUGAAAAAGAUAAUAAAUACUAUGAAGCAUCUUAUAGAGAAAGUUCCUGAAUUUUCUAAAAUUAGUUCCAGCUUAGAUAUGGUGGAAAUAGACAACUUAAGUGAGAAUAGAAAAGCUAAACUUCAAAAUAUGAUGACCACUACUCGGGAUCAUAUGCAAGAUUAUUCAGUUCCAUCUACAUCGGAUUCUUCCUCCUCGCAGAAUUCGCAGAGCUAUUCGCUGCUUCAAAAAGGCUCCAGGACGAAAUCCUUACACAAGAAGUCUGUAAGAUUCAAGGAUCAUUUAAUAGACGGUGUUUCUGAUAAGCCUUUAGAUACAAAUUUGAGGCCUUAUCGUGAUCAUGUUGAAAAGUACGGUCAAGUAGGAAAAAAUUGCAAAGCAGAUAGCGACAAUUUAAGAUAUCAUGAUGAACCGAUUGUUGAUGAUGAUAACAGCAUGAGCAUGUCCGAUAGAGAUGUUUUUAUAGCGAAUCAACAACAAAUGCUUGAGCAAAAUCGUUCUUUAGAUCACUUAUCCGAUUCGGUACAACGGCAACAUGAGAUGUCUUUACAAAUAAAUGAUGAAGUAAGUGAUCAUAUGGUACUUUUAGAUGAUCUUGAAAAUGGCAUAGAUAGGACUAAUGCCCGUUUGAUGAGAGGUACAAGAAACAUCAAAAAAUUCCGGGAGGCUUUACGAGAGAGAGGUGAUUGGUGCACGAUUCUCAUUUUAGUGAUAGUUCUUCUUUUUUUAUUAAUAGUUUUGAAAUAG